GGAUAACGCCAAAGUCCUAGUCCUUCUCAGCAAGUUUAUUGUGGGGAAUACCAAAGCUGAAGCGACUCUCCAAGCCAUCAACAUUGCAGGCAAUGGAAGAGAAGCAUUCAACGCACUACGUACCCACGACAAAGGCAAAGGGAUACUAGCCAGCGACAUUGUCAAAGCCAAACACACCAUCAGAGAACUGUGUUACGUUGGCGAAAAACAAAAAAUGAACUGGUCCAUGUUUGAACGAAUGUUAAAGAAAGCGUAUGCAACAUGCAACAAACAUGAGGGGAGAGAAGUCCAUUCAGACGCAAUGAAACUGCGUAACCUGCAAAGCAAGGUUACAGCACCAUUCCUACAACUGAACAAGACGGCAAUUGAUACUGAAAUUGGAAAAAAGACCGAUGUUGAUGACUUUCAUGACAGCAUUACGAAUCUACCAAACUGCAGUGAGAGAAUAGAUUCCCCAGGGAACCAGCAAUGCAACCGAUAG